CAGUGAUCUGAUCAGUAAAAUAGUGUGUAGUGCAGAGCAGAUGGCUAAGAAGGCGGUUCUGAUUGGAUGCAAUUACCCGGGAACGAAGGCGGAGCUGAAGGGAUGCAUCAACGACGUCCGACGUAUGUACAGAUGCCUCAUUGAACGUUAUGGAUUCGCCGAAGAUGACAUCACCGUCUUGAUCGACACCGAUGACUCCUACGCUGAGCCCACCGGCAAAAACAUCCGACGUGCUCUUGCAGAUCUCGUCCGCUCCGCCGAGCCUGGAGAUUUCCUCUUCGUUCACUACAGCGGUCAUGGCACACGUCUCCCUGCCGAGACAGGGGAGGACGAUGACACCGGCUACGAUGAAUGCAUUGUUCCUUCCGAUAUGAAUCUCAUUACAGAUGACGAUUUCAGGGAUUUAGUGGACAAAGUUCCAGAAGGAUGUCGCAUAACAAUUGUGUCAGAUUCGUGCCACAGCGGUGGCCUAAUAGAUGAGGCCAAGGAACAGAUUGGGGAGAGCACCAAGGAUGCCUCCCAUGAAUCAGAGUCUAGUGGUGGCUUUGGGUUCAAAAAGUUCUUGCAACGGUCGGUUGAAGACGCAUUCGAGUCCCGUGGAAUUCAUCUCCCUUCAGGAGAUCACCAUCGCCGCCACCACCAUGGUCCCGAUGAAGAUGUGGAUCGUGAAGCAGAGCUCCAAUACACAGAGAGUGGUCACCGUAUCAAGAACCGAUCUCUGCCACUGUCGACUCUGAUAGAGAUACUGAAGCAGAAGACGGGCAAGGAAGACAUCGAUGUAGGGAAGUUGCGGCCGACCUUGUUCGACAUCUUCGGCGAGGAUUCAAGUCCUAAGGUGAAGAAGUUCAUGAAUGUCAUCAUGAACAAGCUGAAACACGGUGAAGGAGAAGGUGGAAAUGGGAGCGGCGGUGGGAUCCUGGGUAUGGUUGGGAGUCUGGCGCAGGAGUUCCUGAAGCAGAAGCUGGAGGAAAACGAUGAGGAUUACGUGAAACCUGCGCUGAAAACGAAGGUGUCUAGCACACACGAAGCUUACGCAGGAACAAAAAAGCGGUCGCUUCCUGAUAGUGGAAUUCUGAUUAGUGGCUGCCAGACUGACCAAACAUCUGCGGAUGCAACCCCUUCAGGAAAUCCUAAAGAAGCAUAUGGUGCUCUCAGCAAUGCAAUCCAGUCUAUAAUUGCUGAAUCCGAUGGAGCAAUUACCAACCAGGAGCUUGUGUCCAAGGCUAGAAAAAUUCUCAAGAGCCAGGGAUUCACUCAACGACCCGGCCUCUACUGCAGUGAUUAUCAUGUCGAUGCUCCUUUUGUUGCUUGAUGAUGAUACUUCAUUAGAAGAUCUCCUU